CGUGUAACGUGUAUUACCUAAGUACGUACUUUUUUUUUCAUUUCGCAUAUAUUCGUUUUUCAUUCAUUUAAAAUUGUAAUAAUAGUCUCUGAUCGGUAUAAUGCAAAAUGCGCAACCUUUCAUUCUACAAAGACUUGCAUUCAACGACGUGCACGAUCCAUUGAAAUCCAACUUUUUUAAGCUUGUAAUGUCAUCAAAACGCAAGUCGCCGCCAUCCAAAUUGCUUGAGAGUACAAAUCCCGAAACGAAUAAGACGGAGCAGCUGCAUUAUCCCGAGAACCAUUGCGACGAUAUGGAGACUGUAACAGACAGAAAUUGUGGCAGCCCAGUCGUGGCCAGCAGUCCACCUUCUGUAGCACAGCCGAUCGGUCACAGCAGUGGUACUUCUUCGCCGCCCUCGUCAGACUGCAGCGACACCAGCAACAACGGUCGGUACGCCAUCAAUUCUUCAUCGCCUCGGUCACAAUCCAACAAACGGCAACGCACCGAAAGCCCUUGCGGCAACUCUGCGGUAGACGGUAAAUCACCAUACUCGUACGGCGGCCGACAGCAAGCAGGUUCUGCCGGGUCGUCGCCACCCCAUCAACCACAGCAGCAAUUACCCCAGUCACAUCUAGCGUCAUUCCUGUCGCUUAACCAUAACGCGUUCUACGAGACAGCGGCUGCAGCAGCCGUUGCAUACGAACGAGCAUUUUUGGCCGCUGGACAACACGGGCCCCCUCCAUUCCAUUUGCUUGAUGGUAGCCAGACAGCAGCCGGUGGUGCCGGAUCACCAUAUUUCGAUAUCGAGCAACGGCUUCGAAAAGGUGACGAAUCCGUAGCCGAAAAAUUGGCUGCGGCGCAUUUGAUGCAUCUCAACAACAACACAUUCAUGCACAACCAAAACAACAACAAUAAUAACAACGUUAUGUCGUUGGCUGGACCUGCCGCCAAAAGGACUAUGGACGAUGUACUGAAAAAACUCUCUUCCAAAAUGCAUAUUCGAGACGAACAACAAAGUCCAAAUUCUCCAUCCAAGACCAACAACCACAG